CAGGCCCCAAUCUAGGACUGCGGGACACCAGCGGCCUCUCCCUUGAGGUGGCACCACGUGAAGUGGCUCUGCUGGCUGAGCCCCGGGGGCAGGGGCUGGGAAGGAGACUUGUGUCUCAUUCAGAGCAGCUCUGCAGAGCAGCACAUCAGCGGGGACUAUGGCGGGCUCCCCGGACCAAGAGGGCUUCUUCAACCUGCUGAGCCAUGUGCAGGGCGAUCGGAUGGAGGAGCAGCGCUGCUCACUGCAGGCAGGGCCAGGAACAACCUCCGAGAGCCAGAGUGGCCCUGCGCCGGAGAUGGACAGUCUCAUGGACAUGCUGGCCAGCACCCAGGGCCGCCGCAUGGAUGACCAGCGUGUGACAGUCAGUGCCCUGCCUGGCUUCCAGCCUGUGGGUCCCAAGGAUGGAAUGCAGAAACGAGCCGGGACCCUCAGCCCCCAACCCCUCCUCACCCCUCAGGACCCGACUGCUCUCAGCUUCCGUCGGAACAGCAGCCCCCAACCCCAGACACAAGCCCCCUGAGGGCCUGAGCUGUCCUGGGCCCCACUCGGGCCCCCUGAAAGCAGACAAUAAAAACACUU